AUGGCAUUGGGAGGCAGCUUCAAGCUCAACACAGGCCACAACAUGCCCGCCAUCGGGCUGGGAACAUGGCAAUCAAAGACGGACGAAGUCCGCGAGGCUGUCAUUGCAGCGUUGAAAUGCGGUUAUCGUCACAUCGAUGCCGCCGCGGUUUACGACAAUGAACGGGAGGUGGGAGAUGGGAUUCGGGAAUCUGGGGUUCCUCGUGAGGAUAUCUUCAUCACGAGCAAACUGUGGAAUACCCACCACCACCCCGAAAAUGUCGAAGCUGCUGUGGAUAAGUCUCUUGCUGACCUCCAAACGGGUUAUCUCGAUCUUUAUCUUAUCCACUGGCCAGUAGCAUUCAGCUACUCAACAACAACCAAUCAGCCAGUCAAUGGGCAAACGGGCCUGAUCGACGUGGUCAACGUGCCGAUCAAGGAUACAUGGGCGGAAAUGGAAGCAUUAGUCGCGAAGGGCAAGAUUCGUUCAAUCGGAGUGAGCAAUUUCACCCGCGAGAAUAUCGAGGAGUUGUUGAAAACAGCAACGAUCCCUCCAGCCGUCAACCAGAUCGAGGCUCACCCGUACCUCCAGCAGCGGGAUCUCUUAGAGUGGUCGAAGGAUAUGGGAAUCGUUGUCACGGGGUAUUCUCCCCUGGGAAAUAACAUAUACAAUAUCCCUCGAGCGGUGGACGAUCCCCUCGUGAUCGAGAUAGCCAAAUCAGUGGACAAGACUCCAGCACAAGUCCUAAUCAGCUGGGCCGUUCAACGGGGUACUGUGGUCCUUCCCAAAUCUGUCACCCCAGAGAGAAUCCAAAGCAACUUCCUUGACUUCAUCCUCCCUAAAGAUGCCUUCGAGGCUAUCCAGUCCCUGGAACGCCAUCAACGAAUGAACUUCCCAGCCCGACUGGGUGUCGAUAUCUUCGGCGAAGUGGGCGAAGAGAGUGCCAGGCAAAGUGCGUUGGCGUGGGCGGAAGAGCAGAGACAGUUGAAGAGCCGGGUCUGA